GGACAGACUGGUUAAUCAACAUGUCAUGAUAUCUUCACAUCGUUCGUUCAAAGGAAGUUUAAAACGCGCAUCGGUAUGUGGAAAUGUGUAUUAUUGCUCAUUGCAGUUGCUGCAUAUUGCUCCAGAGAUGAUCCUAGUGUUUCAGAAAAACGGCCGCUCCAAAAUGUCAACUUUUUGGUAGAAGUAGUAAGAAAAGACACAAAGGAAAGAGUAGCUGUGGGUACCCUGUUAUCUCCUACCCGAGUUUUAACUUCAGCGAAGUCAUUGGUUUUAAGCCCGUGGAGAUAUGAAGCCCAUCUGGAGGUUCGAGCUCGACAAAGUAAGCGAUUCAAUAUUACUGCGAUUAUAGCAGCAAUAGCAGCCGCCUCGAUUGGUGGUGCAGUUAGUGCAAGCAUGCUUGGCGGCAAAAAAAUAACCUCAAGGCUGUUAAAUAAUGGCGAUAUCACAAUCUUAUCCAUACAAUUACCAUAUCCUGACUCUCGCUCAGCUUUAACAUUUGUCAAACUAUUGAUACCUUCAGACAUCAGAUCACCAAAAUCAUCAUGGCCUUCAGAGUGGCACACUGCGCAGUUUAAAUUAGCAGACACACCUUGUAAAAAAGCCACCGUUUUAGGAUGGAAACAAAGCGCUACGGUGGAUAUAAUUGGAGCGAAGAAGUGUGCAGAACAAUUGAACCUUCAGUUAAAUGACGGACAAUUCUGCAGCUUGAACGAGAGAAAGUUAUUUUGUGAUGCAAAUCAACAAGGCGGUCCAAUCAUGUGCGGCGAUUUCCAAGUUGGUAUCUUGAUUCCUGAGCGUUACUGCAACGGAACUGAAAAGGGCCUACCUGGAGAGCCUCUUCAGUUUUCUCCCAUCGGAUAUUAUAUUGAUGGCAUCGUCAGAGCUAUGGAAACACGAAAAUUUGAAAUGCCACCAUCAAAUGAUGAACCAACAGUAACAAAUUACAGCGAAGAAAUUUGCAUGGAACCCUAUACAAAUAUUUUUGUUUUAUUAUUGUUUACUAUAUUAAGUAUUGUAAAUUUUUAUUUAAAACAAUAAAUAGCCUAGUGACUUGAGGGUUUCAUACUUCGGUUUUUGAGUAAAAACAAAUCCUUUUCACAAGUGAAAGAACAUAUCAAAAUUAGUAGAUUUUUGAACAAUCCAUCUUAAAAACUCAUGCCGACAUGCUGAUUUACAAAGAGAGAGUAAACUUUUCAACAAUAAUUGUCACUUUUCUUCUAGUUUUUCGUGUGUCGCGUGGCG